AUGGUGCAGUUAGCAGAACCGAUCGAGCAGAUUCUUGCAGACUUGCCUGCCAAGUGUCGCGGACCUGGCGGCGCCGUCGCUGUGCUGAAGGAUGGCGAGCUGCUCGGCGAGAAGGUCUGGGGCUUCGCCGACCUGCAGAAGGGCAUCCCCAUGGACAACACCACGGUGAUACCAAUCUGCUCCAUCUCCAAGCAGAUGACCUGUGGCCUCCUGACCGACCUGCAACUCAACCCAACCCCAGCCAUGGCUGCACGGGCCGAGCCCGCCGCGCAGCAGCUCGCCGAUGAACUGCACAAGAUACUCCCAAAGGAAAUGAUCCAAGACACCGGCGUGACACUGCAGCUGCUCUGCAACAACCAGUCCGGGAUCCGCGACUACUGGGCCCUCACUGUACUUUGGGGCGCCCGCCCCGAGACACCCUUUUCGAUCGAGCGCCACGGUCCGCAGAUGCUGCAGCGCCUCAAGUCCUUCCAGUUCGUGCCGGGAACGCAGUACUCGUACGCCAACACGAACUUUUAUAUUCUGGGACGCACCAUGGAGGGCGUCACCGGCCAGCCUCUCGCAGAUCUCCUCAACGAGAGGAUGUUCGCCCCGGCUGGCAUGAAGACGGCCUUUCUCUGCGCCGACACGGCGACGCACCCUGGCCCCUGUGUCGGCCACGAAGGCACCGAGAAGGUCGGCUUCUACCCCGGCGAUAACCGCAUCGAGUGGGCCGGCGAUGCGGGCAUCGUGGCCUCGCUCACUGACAUGGUUGCUUACGAAAAGUUUGUCGACAGCAACCGCGACAAUGCGCAAAACUGGUACGGGCUCAACUGCGCGAAGCAGACAUUCAAAGAUGGAGCGCCGUCGGAUUACGGGUACGGUCUGAGCCAGCACACCGUUGGCGGCGUGACUCUAGUUGGCCAUGGAGGUGCCCUGCGUGGCUACCGACUGAACAGAAUCUACGCCCCUAAGGAAAGAAUAUCCGUCGUUGCUCUGCUCAAUGAGGAAUUUGGCAAGGCCGGCGUAGUGUGCGAUUAUGUCAUUGAGCGGCUUCUGGGAGUCCAGGCUACUCAGUUCAGCGCUGUCGAGCCAAACCCUGCCUUCAUCGGCACCUACUUGGAUCCUGAGUCCGACUUGGCCGUCACCAUUGGAAAAGGUGAAGCGGAGGGGAAGCUGUCAUUUUUUUACCAUCGCGCUGCAGUGGACAUCACGCCUGUGGAGGCGAACAAGGCCGUCUCCAGCGACGUCACUGCUUUCUUGGAUGGAGACGUGCUCGAGAUCACCCUGCCCAAGGACAACCGAAAAUUCCGCGCCACUCGCGUACCGGCUGCCCAGCCUCGUGCAAACUAUUCUGCUCUGCACGGCAGCUUCAAGUGCGCCGAGAUCGAUUCUGUCUUCCACUGCACUGGCACGGACGGCAUGCUUUACGGCUCUUUCGACGGCUUUCUGGGCAAGGGUCCCAUCCACCUCAUUCGACCCCUGGCCGAGGAUGUCUUUGCGCUUGCGUGCCCGAGAGCCAUGGACUCGUCGCCCCCCGGCGAUUGGACCUUGGCGGCUCGGCGCGACGCCAGCGGAAAGAUUAACGGCGUAACCAUCGGCUGCUGGCUGGCUCGAAAGCUCGAAUUUGUCAGGAUAUAA